AUGUCUUUUCGAAAAUGGAUGGGAAUGAGUUCUGGGAGUUCUUCUGAAUGGCGAAAGAGCAUGUUGGAGUUGGAGCAAUUGAAGCAACCAUUAGUCCCAGAAUCAUUCACCGAUCGUUUUUUUGGAUUAACUAAUUAUGGUAAUACCUGUUAUGUGAGUUCUGUGCUUGUUUCUUUAUAUCAUAUAAAGCCAUUUCGCGAUAAUCUGAAUGCUUUCCCAAUUCCGAGUGUUCCACCAAACUGUAAAAGCGUCUGUGUAAAGUCAACUGGAUCAGACUCAUCAGGUUCUAGUUCUUGGUAUUCGUCUUCUCGCAAGAAAAGCAAUGACUCGAAAAAACAGCCAUGCCCUGCUAAUCUUAAUGGUUGCGGCUGCGUGGAUAUCACGAUGGCUGGAGCAGAGAAUGGAUCAAAGCAUCAAAUUCAAGUAAAUAAUACUAGUUAUACAACAUACGGAAUGGAAGAAAAUGUCUACACGAGCUUAAAGGAUUUAUUUGCGUGUGUCAGUUCUUGCGAAUGUCGUUAUGGCGUGUGCAGCCCUGAGAGAUUUGUCCAAAUCUUACGGCGCGAUAAUGAAUCUUUUCGAAGUACCAGACAGCAGGAUGCACACGAGUUUUUAAAUUUUCUUCUAAACUCUAUAACUGAAAUUUUGGAUGAUUAUCAUGCAAAUCACCCUGAAGUUCCUCAGUUAAAAUGGAUUCACUCUUUAUUUGAGGGUACGCUGACCAGCGAAACAAAGUGUCUUACUUGCGAAAAUAUCACUUCAAGGGAUGAAAGCUUUUUGGAUCUUAGUAUUGAUAUCGAAGAGUACUCUUCUGUUACAUCUUGUUUACGAUCUUUUUCUGCUUCUGAGAUGCUUUGUGCAAAAAACAAGUUUCACUGUGACGUCUGUAAGAAUUUACAAGAGGCAGAAAAACGUAUGAAAAUAAAAAAGCUGCCGAAGAUACUUGCUUUGCAUCUAAAGCGUUUCAAGUACAACGAAACACAAGAAGCACACGAUAAACUGUUUCAUACUGUGGUAUUUACGAACGAAAUGAGACUAUUUAACACGACGGAUGAUAAUGAGGAUGCUGAAAAGCUUUAUUCUCUAUCCGCUAUUAUUGUUCAUGUCGGUGGUGGCUCCCAUCACGGUCAUUAUGUUUCUAUAGUUCGCACAAGAUCUAGCGGAUGGGUGUUGUUCGAUGACGAGAAAGUAACUCCUGUGAAAGAAUCGUAUUUGCAAAGGUUUUUUGGUGAUCAGCCUGGACAAGCAACCGCAUAUGUCCUUUUUUAUACAGCGGCUGAAGAAUUUGAGGACUAUCAGGAUACUAGCAAUGAUGAGACGUUGUCAUAUCCCAUAUCCAUUCCAUAUCAAGCUAGUAGUGAAAAUACGGAAUUGAAUAAUACGCCAGCUACGCCCAAAUCAAUAUCUACGCUAGCUCAUGGUGAUUUGGAUCCGAUGGUAACCUCCUAUUCCUCCCAAUACUCACAAACGGCUGACAAGGAUUUUCAUUUUCCAUUCAGUCCUGAUUUAAGCUCUUCGAUGGAAUCUGAGCGCAAUCAUCUGAAAUCAGCAGAGGCUUCUCCGAAAAUUUUAAAACGCGAAAGCAAAUUUUUUUUCCCUUCUCUAAAUCGAAGUAAGAGCCAUAAGUUUAUAUUUUCUUCACCAAGCAACUCUCCUAAGGAUACGCUUACUCGUGAUAAUAAGCAUUCGUCGGAGUCUGAUGUGAAACAUUCAUUUCCUUUUCAACUUUCGAAAACUAAAAUGAAAAAAUAA